GGGGACGCUGCGCGGCGGCGGCUGAUGCGCUAGCCGAGUGAGGCGCUCCGGACGGCUACCGCGGCUCUCGUAGGCGGUUCCGGUCCUGUGUCUCCCGGCGGCGGCGGCGGCGGCGGCGGCUCAUGGCGGCGACGGAGCUGAGAGGAGUGGUGGGGCCGGGCCCGUCAGCCAUUGCAGCUCCGGGCGGCGGCGGCGCCGGUCCCCCAGUGAUAGGAGGAGGCGGCGGCGGCCGCGGAGACUCGGGGCUCGGCUCUGGGGCCGCACCGGGAACUGUGGCCGCGGUGGCUGCGGGCGGGCCGGGCCCCGGGGCCGGGGGAGUGGCGGCGGCCGGCCCAGCCCCUGCACCGCCGGCCGGGGGCUCGGGUGGCUCGGGAGCUGGGGGCUCGGGCUCCGCAAGAGAGGGCUGGCUCUUCAAAUGGACCAAUUACAUCAAAGGCUACCAGCGGCGGUGGUUCGUGCUGAGCAACGGGCUCCUGAGCUACUACAGGUCAAAGGCAGAAAUGAGGCAUACUUGCCGUGGCACCAUCAACCUUGCCACAGCCAACAUCACUGUGGAGGACUCCUGCAACUUUAUCAUUUCCAAUGGAGGAGCUCAAACCUACCAUCUAAAGGCUAGCUCAGAAGUGGAGCGGCAGCGCUGGGUGACAGCCUUGGAACUGGCCAAGGCCAAGGCUGUGAAGAUGCUGGCAGAAUCGGAUGAAUCAGGGGAUGAAGAGUCUGUCUCACAAACUGACAAGACUGAGCUGCAAAAUACUCUCCGGACCCUGUCCAGCAAAGUAGAGGACCUGAGCACCUGCAAUGACUUGAUAGCCAAGCACGGCACAGCUCUGCAGCGGUCCCUCAGUGAGCUGGAGUCCUUGAAGCUGCCUGCUGAGAGCAAUGAAAAGAUCAAACAGGUCAACGAACGUGCCACACUCUUUAGGAUAACUUCCAAUGCCAUGAUUAACGCCUGCAGAGAUUUCCUCAUGUUGGCCCAGACCCAUAGUAAAAAGUGGCAGAAAUCACUACAGUAUGAAAGAGACCAGCGUAUCCGAUUGGAAGAGACCCUGGAGCAGCUGGCUAAGCAGCAUAAUCAUUUGGAGAGGGCCUUCCGAGGAGCCACAGUGCUGCCGGCCAACACACCUGGCAGCACAGGUUCAGGUAAAGAUCAGUGCUGCUCUGGCAAAGGAGACAUGAGUGAUGAGGAUGAUGAGAAUGAAUUUUUUGAUGCUCCUGAGAUUAUAACCAUGCCGGAAAAUUUGGGCCACAAACGUACUGGCAGCAAUAUCAGUGGAGCCAGCAGUGACAUUAGCCUUGAUGAACAGUACAAGCAUCAGCUGGAAGAGACCAAGAAAGAAAAGAGGACUAGAAUACCAUACAAGCCAAACUAUAGCCUCAAUUUAUGGAGCAUCAUGAAGAACUGCAUUGGAAAAGAACUCUCUAAGAUCCCCAUGCCGGUGAACUUUAAUGAGCCCUUAUCCAUGCUUCAGCGCCUUACUGAAGAUCUGGAAUACCAUGAGCUGUUAGAUCGAGCUGCAAGAUGUGAGAACUCUCUAGAACAACUCUGUUACAUUGCAGCUUUCACCGUGUCUUCCUACUCCACUACUGUCUUCCGUACCAGCAAGCCGUUCAACCCACUCCUUGGGGAGACCUUUGAACUGGACCGAUUAGAGGAGAAUGGGUAUCGAUCUCUCUGUGAGCAGGUGAGUCAUCAUCCUCCUGCUGCUGCGCACCACGCUGAGUCCAAAAAUGGCUGGACAUUGCGUCAGGAAAUCAAAAUCACCAGCAAGUUUCGGGGCAAAUACCUCUCCAUUAUGCCCCUCGGUACCAUCCACUGUAUUUUCCAUGCAACUGGGCACCACUACACUUGGAAAAAAGUUACCACAACAGUGCACAACAUUAUUGUGGGGAAAUUAUGGAUAGAUCAGUCUGGUGAAAUUGAUAUUGUGAAUCACAAGACUGGAGACAAGUGCAAUCUCAAGUUUGUUCCUUAUAGCUACUUCUCUCGAGAUGUAGCAAGGAAGGUGACAGGGGAAGUAACAGAUCCAUCAGGAAAAGUUCACUUUGCCCUUCUGGGAACAUGGGAUGAGAAAAUGGAUUGUUUUAAAGUACAGCCCGUCAUUGGGGAAAAUGGGGGUGAUGCUCGACAGAGAGGCCAUGAAGCAGAGGAAAGCAGGGUUAUGCUAUGGAAGAGGAAUCCUUUACCGAAGAAUGCAGAAAACAUGUACUACUUCUCAGAACUUGCUCUAACUCUCAAUGCCUGGGAAGGUGGCACUGCCCCUACAGAUAGCCGGUUACGGCCCGACCAGAGACUGAUGGAAAACGGGCGCUGGGAUGAAGCAAAUGCUGAGAAGCAGCGCCUGGAGGAAAAACAAAGACUUUCCAGAAAGAAGAGAGAAGCUGAAGCUAUGAAAGCUACAGAGGAUGGCACACCCUAUGAUCCCUAUAAGGCACUAUGGUUUGAGCGGAAGAAGGACCCUGUUACCAAGGAGUUAACCCAUAUUUAUAGGGGAGGAUACUGGGAGUGUAAAGAAAAACAGGACUGGAACUCAUGCCCGGACAUUUUCUGAAAUGGCAGUAGUAAAUUGGAGGAGGAUCCAAAGGAGAAGAGGACAGAGGAUGUGCGGGAAAGCUGGCAGUUGUGACUUUCUUACCGAGUGCUUUCCUCAAGUUUGUCUGUCUUAACCAAUCAUUUUUUCCAAAUCAAUCACCAGAAGCAGACAUCAGUGGUGGUGAUUGGCUGGUUGCCUUAGCUGAUCGAAACUGAAAUCGACGUACUAGAUACCUGUGUUUGUAAGGGAGAGGUUUAGUGGUUAAAAGUUAGUUUUAUUCCACAACUGCAAAGUCAGAUAUUCUUGACUCUUCCUUUCCCUCUACCCCCACUGAAGAUGAUGCCAUUCACCCUUCCCCUGUAGCCAAGAUUCACAUAAGAUGAUGAUUCAGGGGCAUUUUGGUGCUGUUCAGAGCAAGAGCUGGUUUUGGAAGUUCCUUUCAAAGGAAACACAUAAGACUUACCAACAGGUAUUUAUGAAAUGGUUGCAGUGGAACUUAGGUUUAACAUGAAAUGUGUUCACAUUGGGGUAGGUUUAAUGGGGUACUCAAACAUAAGUAACUGCAGUAAUGGAAUUCCUGUGAGAGGGAUUUUCCUAUAGGAUUGGAAUAUUCAGAGUUACGUUCUUGGAAGUUUCUAUCUUCACUUGCAUAAAACACCCUUCUGCCAUUCUUCGUCUCCUUUGACAGCAAUUGGAGGCUUCUUUUGUGGCAUGUAGGAGGGUUGCAUUAUCCUCAUGAAGGGAUUUUAUGGACUUCCUCAGGUGAAGAACUUCUGAGAACACAAGGCAGGUUGGAAAAAGACUGCAAGCCACUUUUACUUUCCCAGUUCCUUCUCACCCCCAUCUUUCAUUGCCUUCCUAGCUUCUUUUUUCUCCCCUGGCACAAUAGUAAUUUGGGUCUGUAUCCCAGUGUGGAGCAAAACAUUGCCUGUCCCAUUCUGAUAGACUUCAAGAUUUGAGAGGAGUUAAUCUGGAAUAAAAAUUUUCACCAUCUCUCAAGCCCCAUGGACUGGAGCCACCUCUGGCAUAAUGUGUUACAUAUCUGUAUAUUAUAUAUAUGUAGAGAAAAAAAAUUAAUUUUUUGUUUGAUUUUCCUCCUUUCUAUUAAGAAUCUUGUGUUUUGGCUAUCAUUUGUCUCCUUGGGACUCUCUGUGUUGGACAUGUAUUGAUGUGGUUUGGAGCUCCUCUACUUUCUAUAAUAGGGGCAGACAGAUUUGAAACUUGAGCAGGAUCACACCUGGCAGUUACUGAACAGGGGUGUUGUCCGGGUUUGUAUCAUAGGGUGCCCACUGCUCUCUAAAUUCUGCUUUCCUAAUUACCUGACUUUUGAAAAUGAAAUCCUAACCCCUUUUCUGCCUCUUUUCCUUCUUUCGUUAGGAAGAAUAUGGAUAGAAGACCAGAAGGGUGAUUUCUAGUUGAACCCUGCCUCUAUCCAAAUCACAGCGUACAGGUUAAAUCCCAAAAGAAUUUUCUUCCCAGGAUCUGGGGCUGAAAACGUCAUAUGGUCAUAUGGGGUGGAUAAGAGAACUGCUCCUUUGGAUCCUGGCUUCCUUCACUUUUUUAUUCUGUAUUAGUUGUAGUUGUCGUCUUCAGAAAUCUAACCCCUGUGCCACCCACCCUUGGUUGAGGACCACAAAUUGAGGUGCCUUCCUUGUAUGUUUUUUGUUAUUUUGGUUUCUGUUCCUUAACUGCUGAGCCUCAGCCAGUGUGGGUCCUGGGGGUAAAUAUCAUUCCAGAGGAAGCCAUCCCUCCGGGGAAAUUGGAUUUUACUGGGUAAAUGAGUUCUCUUAUUCCUUCCCCACCACCCUUCCCUUCCUAGCUGUGACAGACAUGAGAGAGGGGCAACUGCUGGGGAAUUUCCUCCCAAGAACCCUAUUCCCAAUACAAGCAAGGGAGUGUGCCAGGGCUUCUUUCGAGGGGGUCCAUAAAAGCUGUGACCUAAUCAGGGAACUUUAGACAAAGUAGGAAUUCCUCAACUAAAUUGAACUUUUCUGCUUAAUCUCCAUGUUCUUCCUCUACCAUUUGCACUACAUUUCUGGCUUGAUCCCCAAUCAGUUCCUGCUCAUGGAAGAAGCUUCGAGUCCUUCAGGUGGAAUAAAGUCACUUCAAAACAAAACAAAACUAUAUAUAUAUAUAUUUUCAGUUUUUUUGCCUUAUUGCUUUUUUUCCAAGAAAACUACUAAAUUAAAUAAUUUUUAAAAAGUCC